GGGGGGAGGGAGGGGGGGGGGGGGAAACAGAAUCGCCGUCAGUGUGCUGGCGGUGCGGGGUCACGAACUAUGACCUUUAACAGAAGAAAACCACAACAUUAUUUUUUUUAAAUAGCAGAGAGCCUUAAAUGAGUGGCCGCGGUCUCCCCGAGAUCCUUCCAGACCUCACUAAUGACCUCAAAUCAUCAUGACGACCAACCAGAAUCUGCUGUCUCAGCAGAAAGUGGACUCUGAGCAGGAAGCAGAGGGGUCGUCCUCUCCGUCAGACUCUGCAAUGAGUGAGUCUCCACAGCGCUUUCAGGUCAUCUCCACUGAGCCUGCUGCAACGCCACAGCGAAUACAGAUUGUGACCGACCAGCAGACCGGUCAGAAGAUCCAGAUAGUCACCACGAUGAACCCGUCCAACCCUCCUAAGCAGCAAUUCAUUCUCGCCACCGCUGACGGCUCAGGGGCAAACAAGGUCAUCCUGGCCUCACCAGAGAGUCACAACACGAAGCAGCUCAUCUUCACUGCUGCAGACAACCUGAUGCCGGGAAGGAUACAGAUUGUUACAGAUCCAGUGUCAAUGGAACGGCUGCUUGGACAGGCAGGAGAUUUAAGUCGACCUCAGCCGGUGGAGUACUGCGUGGUGUGCGGCGACAAAGCUUCAGGGCGCCACUACGGAGCUGUCAGCUGUGAGGGAUGCAAGGGCUUCUUCAAGAGGAGUGUGAGGAAGAAUCUUACCUACAGCUGCCGCAGCAAGCAAGACUGCGUCAUCAACAAGCACCACCGCAACCGCUGCCAGUUCUGUCGACUGAGGAAAUGCCUUAAGAUGGGGAUGAAGACUGAGUCUGUCCAGAGUGAAAGGAAGCCCAUUGAUGUUAUGCCCAGAGAGAGGCAUGCCAACUGUGCUGCCUCCACCCAGAAAAUAUACAUCCGUAAGGACCUAAACAGCCCACUUAUCGCCACGCCAACCUUUAUCUCUGAUACUGAUACAGACGGCUCCAGAUCAAGCCUACUGGACCAAGGGAUGCUGGUUAAUAUCCAGCAGCCGGUCAUCCAGACUGAUGGAACUUUGCUGCUGGCAACUGACUCCAAGAUCGAUACCGGACACGGAGACUUGGGGACGUUAGCCAAUGUAGUGACAUCACUGGCCAAUCUGAGUGACUCACUCAAAGAAAACCUGAGCAACGGGGACACCUCAGACGGCCAGCAUGAGGAACAGUCGGCCAGCGAGAUAACACGUGCCUUUGAUGCUCUGGCCAAAGUCUUCAACCCGCCAGAAGUAUCAGUUGAACAAAGUGUGGCCGGGAAGUGUGCCACUGGAACAACUAUCCAGUUGAUUGGUCGGGACCAGGAGACGCCCAUCAUUGAGGUGGAGGGGCCGCUGCUCACAGACAGCCACGUCGGUUUCAAGGUCGUUUCCUCAUCCAAUGAACUUCCUCUGUCUCCUAUAUCAAUGCUAAAGCUGACCAUGCCCAGCCCUAUGCCCGAAUUUCUGAAUGUACACUACAUAUGUGAGUCGGCAUCCAGACUUCUCUUCCUCUCCAUGCACUGGGCGCGAUCCAUCCCUGCCUUCUCAGCUCUUGGUCAGGAGGCAAACACCAGUUUGGUGCGAGCCUGCUGGAACGAGUUGUUCACUCUGGGCCUCGCUCAGUGUGCCCACGUGAUGAACCUGUCAACCAUCCUCACCGCCAUCAUCAACCACCUGCAGAGCAGCAUCCAGGAUGACAAGUCUGGGGAGAGGGUGAAGCAGGUGAUGGAGCAUAUCUGGAAGUUUCAGGAGUUCUGUAACAGCAUGACAAGGCUCGAGACCGACAGCUACGAAUAUGCCUACCUGAAGGCCAUCAUGCUGUUCAGCCCUGAUCAUCCAGGUGUGGACAGCAGUGGGCAGAUUGAGAAAUUCCAGGAAAAAGCUCUGAUGGAGCUGCAGGACUAUGUUCAGAAAACAUAUCCCGAUGAGACAUACAGGCUGACGCGUAUCCUGACGCGCCUCCCCGCCCUGCGCCUUAUGAGCCCCAGCAUCACAGAGGAGCUCUUCUUCACUGGCUUAAUAGGAAACGUCUCCAUUGACAGUAUCAUUCCCUACAUCCUGAAGAUGGAGACGGCUGAGUAUAACAGCCAGGACUCCGACUCAGCAGAGUGACAACAGUCCCAGCUCCCACGGUUGUCUUUUUAAAGUCAGUGAGUUUCCCUUUCAGGGAUACUCUGUCUUUGGUGAGCUGUGGCCUGAACUGCUGCUGCAGCCACUUUUUUUUCUAAUGGUGUAUGGUCAGUGGGGAAUGCUCAGUAGAUUAGGAUAAUGCAUCUUUUGACGACCUGGAAAGUUUUCUGCAGCUGAGAACUAAAAAAUUAAUUCUCAGCAGCUGUCAGUUCUUUUUAUGUCUUCAUAGCACUUCAACCUCACUAGCUUUUUGAAUAGUUUUGUAUUUAUUUCAGCCAUACCAUGCUCCAACAUGAUCCCAUACAUGUCUAAAUGUUACCUUUUGAUACAGAUUUAUCACCUGUUUAGUAUCCCGCUGACAUCAAAGUAAAUCAGAUUUACUUUAAAUCUGCAAGGGACUUGUACCUGCAGGCUUUUGCUAAUAACAGCACAGUGUAAAGGCACUUGUUAAAUGGAAGUGGUGAAAAAAAAAAUUAGGUCGAGAAUAAUUUUUCUGACUAUAAAGAACUGCAAGUGAAAGAUUUAGUCAAGUCAGAGGUUGUGUUCUCUCUGAUUCUUUGAAAUUCAUUCACCAUUAAUUAGUCUAAUCGAAAUGGUGGUUGGAAAAGUGGUAAAGUGUAUUCAAAAUACUGCCUAAUAUAACUAGCUUCCAUAAUGUGCAUUCAUACCUUCUUACAAGGCCACCUGUGUCUGAUGUCCAUCUAUUUUCUGCACCGGCUGAUUCAGUCGGAGGUGCCACCGAGCUAGUUGGGGUACACCUUGGGUGUUGAUUUUAAAGGUCAAAUGAACUUUUUUUACUGUUCUUGUUUUUAUUUGGUACCCCUCGGCCCAGGACACAGUGAAAAUAUGACUUGUAUAAUCUGUGCAAUCACCUCAUAACCUUUCCCUCAGUGACAAUCGCUCUCAGUGACAGUUGCUCUGCUCUCCAUCUGUAUGCCCGCCUGCCUUUUCUGUGUUUACCCACAACGACUGUUUCAUUCAGAGAAGAGGACUAUUUUGAAGGUUUGGGUUCAGAAUUCUUGCCUACAUGUAGCUAUGCUACUGGUUUUUGUUUGCAUAUGCGUUGGGUGCACAUUAGUCAGUUUGGUAGUGUUCCACAGUAUUCAAGCUGACUAAAACCUUGUGUUGUGUUUUUUUUUAUUCUUUGUAUUUUUGUUUGUUGUGAAUGCAUUUCCUUGUUACAUACUAAGUGUACUUAAAGUACGUUUGGGCAGGUUUCCCUGUAAAAAGAAAAGACAAGGUCAUAUUGAGUGCAUUGAUGUCUUGAAGACAGUAUGGAGAUAUGCAUCGACUUAUCCUCUGCUCAGAAUAAACAUCCACAGCAACAUGAAUGAUUUAAAAAAAUAUAAAUAAAUUAACAUGGAAUAUGUCUUGUGAAAUAAUUGUCAGUUGUAAUUUGGUUUAAAACCUGAACAGACUGUUUGUAAAGGCACUGAUAUGAAAUUGCAUUUGUACAUGUGAUAUCAUUAAAAUGAGUGCACGUUGUUUUUAAGCAGGGUUUUAUAAUCUUGUCUGUGUCUGUCCUAAAUAGGAGCCUUGUUAUCAUUUUUAUAGUGCAUUGCAAUGCAUGACGAUUUUGCUUAAGCACAUUUUAUUAAAUGCAAUAUGAAAAGUGUUGAUUUAAAUGUGGCUUUAAAUAUUUACCAUGAGUAGGUCAGGAUAUUAUGUGUUUCUUACGUGGUUUGAGUAUGCCACUGUUAAAAUUUUAUACUGUGUUAAUGCCCUCAUUUUUCUGAGAUGUUUGUCUUUAAAGAUUUGGAUUGACAAAUUCUGACCAUAUUCAUCUGUUGCUUACGUUGGUCACUUAGUCAAAAGCCUACAUUUCUACCUCACAGAUAUAAAUCAGAUGUAUUGAUGACUGAGCUCAUGUAUCAGCAUUCCACUCUCUAAGGCCUGCUUCUCUGAAGCCACAUGUUUUAAACAAAAUAAAGAAAUAUUCAU